UUUGUCAACGGAACACGUGAGAUAGGCUCAGAAGUUGAUCGAUCUCCUUUGUUCGUUACCCCAACGCACCCACCACUAUACACAAAACACCUCAUAAUUCUAUUCUGCAUCAUUGAUCUGUAGAUAUAUCUCCAAUUUCCGCUUCAGAUCUGUAUUCUGGAUCUUCCAAUUUUCCUGGGGGAUUCAUUCUACUAAAGCAGCACAAAUAUGUACGGAUUCGAAGCGCUUACCUUCAACAUUCACAGUGGUUAUUUGGAAGCCAUCGUCAGAGGUCAUCGAUCUGGCCUUCUUACCGCCGCCGAUUACAACAACCUCUGCCAAUGCGAAACCCUAGAUGAUAUCAAAAUGCACCUCUCCGCUACUGAAUACGGUCCUUUCCUUCAAAACGAGCCUUCCCCUUUACAUACCACUACGAUUGUGGAGAAAUGCACUCUUAAACUUGUCGAUGAGUUUAACCACAUGCUCUGCCAAGCCACCGAGCCCUUGUCAACCUUUCUGGAGUACAUCAGAUAUGGUCACAUGAUUGAUAAUGUUGUCUUAAUUGUCACCGGAACUUUGCAUGAGAGAGAUGUCCAAGAAUUGUUGGAGAAAUGCCAUCCUUUGGGCAUGUUUGACAGCAUUGCUUCUCUGGCAGUUGCCCAGAAUAUGAGGGAGCUAUACAGGCUGGUGCUUGUUGACACACCCUUGGCCCCAUACUUCUCUGAGUGCAUUACUUCCGAGGACUUGGAUGACAUGAACAUUGAGAUAAUGAGAAACACACUAUACAAGGCGUACCUUGAAGAUUUUUACAGAUUUUGCCAGAAACUAGGCGGUGCUACUGCAGAGAUCAUGUCUGAUUUGCUUGCUUUUGAGGCCGAUAGAAGAGCAGUUAAUAUUACCAUAAACAGCAUCGGCACUGAGCUAACACGUGAUGACCGCAGGAAGUUGUACUCUAAUUUUGGCUUACUUUAUCCAUACGGUCAUGAGGAACUUGCCAUAUGCGAAGACAUAGAUCAGGUCCGUGGUGUCAUGGAAAAGUACCCCCCUUAUCAAUCCAUAUUUGCUAAGUUGGCAUAUGGGGAGAGCCAGAUGCUCGACAAGGCUUUCUAUGAAGAGGAAGUCAAACGCCUCUGCUUAGCUUUUGAACAACAGUUCCACUAUGGUGUAUUUUUUGCAUAUAUAAGGCUGAGAGAGCAGGAGAUCAGGAACUUAAUGUGGAUUUCUGAGUGCGUCUCUCAAAACCAAAAAUCCAGAGUCCAUGACAGUGUUGUUUUAAUAUUUUAGCGAUUUAGCCAUAUUUGAGAUGAUGUGUUCUCCAUGCUCAUCUGUAAAUUUGAUUUGCACGACCAUUUGUUGAUAACUAUGAGUUUUUGGUUAAGAAGGCCUGAACCCAGCCGUAAGAUGGGGGUUACCGUAAUUGUGAGGCCAUUCUCCUUGGAACUUGCCCUUCCAAAGCCGUAGGAUGGGGGUUACAGUUUCACAUGGAUAUUACCCGUUCGUUUGCAACUUAAUAAGUCAUUGUAUGUUGGUUAAAUUUGUCAUCUGGAACAAUACUUGGAUUGAUGUGUAUCAAUGUAUCACUAUUUAUAGAGUUUUGCUGCUGUCAUUUACUUGAA